CUCCUAUUCGCUACUCCCCAUCGCCACAAAACGUCUUCUUCGUUAAAUAGCUCUCUCUCUCUUUUCUAAAAGCUUCCACCGUUAAUUUCGCUUUUGCCAAUUUCCCUCUUUUUCUUUCAAUUUUUAUCUUUUCAAUUCAUCAUUCCCAAAUUACUUAUUCUCUCUGCAUCCAGAAACAAUUGUCUUCUUCUGAUCGGAACCCAGCUGCUGGUUCGGUCUCUGGCCAUCAAAUUACCGUCAUGCCGCCGGAGAUCGAACAAGUCGCCGAGAAUGCCUUGUUUGGCAAAUAUGAGCUUGGUAAGCUUCUUGGAUGCGGCGCCUUUGCCAAGGUUUAUCACGCUAGAAAUAUCCGAACCGGCCAAAGUGUCGCCAUUAAAAUUAUCAACAAGAAGAAAAUCGCUAACACCACCUUAAUGUCUAACAUUAAGCGUGAGAUCUCCAUUAUGCGCAGGCUCAACCACCCUCAUAUUGUUAAACUCUAUGAAGUUUUGGCCUCCAAGACCAAGAUUUAUUUUGUUAUGGAGUUUGUUAAAGGUGGAGAGUUGUUUGCCAAAGUCGCUAAAGGACGUUUUAGCGAGGAUCUCAGCCGUAAAUAUUUUCAGCAGUUGAUUUCCGCCGUCGCUUAUUGCCAUGCUCGCGGCGUUUUUCAUCGAGAUUUAAAACCUGAGAAUCUUCUCCUCGAUGAAAGUGGGAAUUUGAAGGUUUCGGAUUUCGGACUUAGUGCUGUAACCGAUCAGAUCCGAACCGAUGGGCUUCUGCAUACUCUUUGUGGAACCCCGGCGUAUGUUGCGCCUGAGAUUUUAGCAAAGAAAGGUUAUGAUGGUGCUAAGGUGGAUAUAUGGUCAUGCGGUGUCAUCCUGUUUGUUUUAACCGCCGGUUAUUUGCCGUUCAACGAUCCGAAUCUCAUGGUCAUGUAUAAGAAAAUCUACAAAGGCGAGUUUCGGUGUCCGAAAUGGAUGUCUCCGGAUCUGAAACGCUUCUUAUCUCGAGUUCUCGAUACGAAUCCUCAGACGAGAAUAACGGUCGAUGAGAUCUUGAAAGAUCCGUGGUUCAAGAGAGGAGGACUCAAAGAGAUCAAGUUCUACGAUGAUUAUGUUGGAAUUGACGAUACCGAUAAGACCGAUAAACAAGAACCGGAUGUCACGAAUUUGAACGCCUUCGACCUCAUUUCUUUCUCAUCCGGUUUGGAUUUGUCCGGGUUGUUCGAUGACUCGUACAACGCGGUGGAGGACGGUGACCGUUUCGUGUCUUCCGAGUCACCGGAAAAAUUGGUCCAGAAAGUUGAGGAGUUCGCCAAGGCCGAGAGGCUGAGGGCGAAGAGAAAGAAAGAGUGGGCCUUCGAGAUUGAAGGACGAAACGGUAAUUUUGGUAUGGAGGUUGAAGUUUACCGGUUAACGGAAAAUCUGGCAGUUGUGGAGGCCAGGAGAAGAGGUGGUGAAGCUGGAUGCUUUAAACAGAUGUGGAAGAACAAGCUUAAGCCCGAGCUUAGUGGGUUAACCGUUAGUCAACCAGGAACUCAGGUCGCCGGUAACUGUUAGAUGUGUUUAUAUGUAGCCGGCGAAGAAUGAUUUCCGGCAUCUGUUUUUUUGUAAAACUUCUGCUGUGGAUUAUUUUAAAAAAAAUAAAAAUAUAUAUAUUUUUUAAAAAAGUGUAUUUCUCGUUUAUGUCUGGUUGUGGUUUGUAAUUGUAAUAAAAAGAUCACCGCAGAUGAAGUGGUGGGUUUUUCCUUA